GUGAGUGCGGGAUCAGAGGGACGGCGGUCGGAGGAAUGGCUCGAGUGUGUCACCUAUGGAACGCAGCCGCUGAAACCCCCACACUGUGGCGCAAGGUUACCAUCUCUCGUUGCUGGGCCAGGCCUGGACAUAAAUUGCAGCCACCGGUUCAGCAAAAAAUCCAGAACACCUUAAGCUGGCUGACAGAGAACAGGUUUUCACAACUUCGCGUGUUCUCUCUCUGCCACUGGAACAGCCUAGUGGGUUACACCCUGAAGGUUGUCGCUGAGUCCUGUCCUCACUUAACCUCCUUGCGACUGACCAACUGUAACGAUAUCUCAUCUGAUGUCUUUGAAGCGCUGGCCACCCAUUCCCAGAAGCUGGAAAUUCUGAAUCUCCAGCACUCAGUGGUUGAUACAGCAGCAGUAGUCAGCUUUCUGGAGACAGCAGGUUUGAAACUGAGACAGCUCUUUGUGACGUACAACAUUCGCCGGCACAACAUCUUGAAUGCCAUUAUGUCUGGCUGCUGCACUGAACUCAGAGUACUGGAGAUCAACUCCGAGAUCAGGCGGACUAAUCCCUUCUUCCCGUUGUGCAUUGAGAUGCUACAGACUGGCUGCCCCAAACUACAGGUUCUAAGACUGCUGAAUCUGGCCUGGUUCCCAAGGGCUUCCACAACGAUCGUUUCCCCUGAGGUCGGCUUCUCUGAGUUGGAGGAGCUGUGCUUGGCCACCUCAUGCUCGCUGGUCACAGAUGAGGUUCUGGUAAAGCUGCUGCACCUGUCGACCAAGCUGCGGAGCUUGGACCUCCGAGGUUGUUAUCAGAUCACACCGGCGUCACUACAGCUUCUGCCCUGCCAAGACCUCUCGUGGUUGUUCCUGGGACUAGAGUAUAGCACGCUACAGCUGGCUAAGCAGGGCUCACAGCAAAUAGCUCUGAAGUGGAGACACUCUUUGGAGGCACUGGAUAUCAGUGGUCAGUUCUACAAAGGGAAGGACCUUGAGCUAACCAUGGAGAUCCUGGCAGGGACUGAGGGCAAUGUCAUCCUACGCUCCCUCAACCUGGCGGCGACAAAAGUCACCUUGGAUGCUGUCAGGGCGGUGGUGAGCAGCUGCUCACAGCUCAGCUACCUGAACCUUACAUCCUGUUACUGUCUGCCCCGGAACCUAAGGCGCAUCUACCGAGGCCGGCAUAAGGUCAGCCAGUUGACCAACCGCUUGCUGAGCCGCAGCGUGGGUGAGCAGCAACCCACUGGGGACCACAGGCCGCAGGGAGAGGCUGACAGCUAAAGGCUCUGCUCAUUAGACACCAGGAACAGCUGCAGCCCAAUGGUAGAAACGGGUGCUGUC